GCUCUGCCGCUGCGCCCCGGCCCGCGGGACGAGGUGCUGGCGGCGGCCCUGCAGCGCCUGCGGGAGGUCUUCGAYAUCGAGGAGCUGCCGCCCGAUGUGCUGCCCCGCAAGAAGCCGCCCCAGUUCAUGGUGGAUCUCUUCAACAAGGUGGCCGACGCCAACGGCAUCACCCGCGCCCCGGGGCUGCUGCAGGGCGACGUGGUGCGCAGCUUCGAGGACCGAGUUCACGUGGACCACCACCACUUCUACUUCGACAUCAGCGCCAUGGAGAAGGGCGAACAGAUGCUGAAAGCUGAGUUCAGGGUCUUCAAGCUUAAGAGGACACAUCUGUCCAGAAGAUCCGACGUGCAACACUUCUGCAAAGUGGAAGUGUAUGAGCUGUUGGAGAGUGAAAAUAAGCCACAGAGAAAACAUCUCAUUGCAUCAAGGUUACUGUCCCUCUACACAGAAGGCUGGGAAGUCUUCAACGUCACACAGACAGUUUCCAAGUGGGUUGGAAACAGCAGCUCCAACCAUGGCUUUUGGAUAACUACUACACAUGUAUCCAACAAUGGAAUGGAACACAACCUGGUUACAUUUGCUAAGAGCCAGGGCACUUUGCAGGAGAGUAGAAAUGCUCUCCUUGUCCUCUUCACGAACAGUAACAAACGGAGGUCUCACAGCUUUGUACCUUCUGCUACAAAAUCAGAGAUAAACCCUGCCAAACCUGAUGUUUCACGUGUUUCUCAUGAGGCUGAUGUCAUGGAAAGCAGCAGUGCCAGCAUGAGCAGGAGACCCCGAGCUGCCGCAGCCCCUGCUGCCAGAAGCCAGGUAACAGCAUGUCACCGAAGGGAGCUCUAUGUAGACUUCCAAGCUAUUGGCUGGUCAGGAUGGAUUAUUUAUCCGAGUGGAUACAAUGCAUUUUAUUGCAGAGGAUCCUGUUUCUUCCCUUUGGGGGAAAGUCUAAAUGCUACAAACCAUGCUACAGUUCAGUCCAUUGUUUAUACACUGAAACUGUCUCAAGAUGUCAGCACGCCCUGCUGUGUGCCAGAUGAAUUGAAGUCCCUCAAUCUUCUCUACUUUGAUGACAAACAGAAUGUUGUCCUUAAAAAUUAUAAAGACAUGGUGGCAACAAGGUGUGGUUGUCAUUAG